AUGACGAGGACGUUGUCUGGUGAGAAUUAUGUCACGGCUUCUCUCAUUAUUCCUCUUACCAAGGGGUUGAUCCGAAUGCUGGACGAUAUCGACCGGUCUGCUCUCAAAUAUGAGGUUCAGGAGUUUCUUGACAAUAUUAAGCAAUCGGCGAUUGAUAGAUUGCUGCAAUAUGAGCAACGCAGCGUUGCAAAAGGUGCAACUCUCAUGAACCCCCACUUUAAAAAGAAAGGGUUUGUAUCUGAAAAUCGGGCAGAGGAUGCACGAAUUCAAAUAGAGGCCGAAGUCAAGACAGAGGUUCAGAGGAUGCCACCACCGACACAACAAGGAGGAAACCUUACCCCGGCUCCAUAUGCCGGCGUUCUGUCUUACCUAAAUGAUCAAGGCGAGAGACAUUCAACGGCCAGCACUUGCACUGUGGACGCAACUAUUCUCGUUAGACAAUAUGUGGAAGUGCAGCCAAUCAACAAUCAAAGAGACCCGAUAAAGAGCUUACAAGUAGAAUCAGAUGUUGUAACUGAUUUGGCACAUUCGUUACAAUUCAGGGUCUGA